AUGGAAAUCGAUGAUUUCAAAGAGAAAUUUACAAUGGAUGAUAUUGCUGAUUUAUUUGAACUUUGUAAAGCUCAAUGUCCAUUAAAAUACCUCAGCGUAUUACUUUAUAUGUCGUUGAGACGUUUUGGUGUUACUUGGAAUGACUGUGAUGAUUUCAUAGAUGAUACUGAAGCAUUAAAAGCUAGGACGGCACACAAAUGGUCAGACAUAUUCGUUUCUGGUGAUUUGGACGAAUUCCAAGGUGAAAAUUGUGGUGGUAAGCGCAACGCCGAAUUCUAUGAUUAUUUCCCAGAAAUAGAAAAUGAUGCUAAACAAUUUACACUUGAACGGUGUUCUCAGAAGUCUGCCAAUUUCACAGCCAUUGAUUUAGCAAAUUUCAUCAAUGCAAAGUAUUACGAAAUGACGAACUUAACAAAGAAUGCUGACAAUGUUUUGAUUCGGUCUGUUUCUUCAUGUCGUUUGGAUUUACGCCGCUGGAGUGCUGGAUUCAAAGAGAACUGCCAGUGGCCGUAA